AUGUGGUUACCCUUUAAGGCCCUGAAUGAGUACAUCGCCGAGAGCCGCGUCGGGCGGUACUUCAAGCUCAAGGAGAGGGGGUCCGAUGUGGCGACCGAAUUGAGAGGCUCACUUGCUACCUUCAUGACCAUGGUGAGGCGAAAGCCAUCCCAUCCGCCGUGUGUUGAGGGCAGGUGUUUGAUGGAUGGAUGGAUGGAUGGAUGACUGCAGGCUUACAUCCUGGCUGUCAACGCCAGUAUCGUUGCCCUCUCUGGUGGUCCCUGCGGCGUCCCGCCCUUCAUUCGGCCCGACGAGAACGUCGACUUUGCAGAGUGUACGCCACCCACACGAGGCAUUAGUUCAUUCAAACCAUCCUUCACACGUGUGUCUGGGUCAACCAAAUAGGCGUGUGUGUGUGUGUGUGUGUGUGUGUCGUUCAGGGGAGAAGUGCAAUGUGCAGGUGCGGCGCGACCUGGUGGUGGCGACGGCUGCGUCGUCGGCUGUGGCCUGCUUCCUCAUGGGAGCCUUCGCCAACAUGCCCCUCGCACUCGCGCCUGGCAUGGGCAUCAACGCGUACUUCACAUUCAACGUGGUGUGGGGCGGGAUCCCUUAUGAGACCGCCCUGGCGGCCGUCUUCAUUGAGGGCAUCAUCUUCGUCCUGCUGGCCGUCACUGGCGGACGGGCAUUUAUCGCCAGAUGCAUCCCGGAGUGCAUCAAAUUCGCGACAGGUGAGCCGAUAAAUAAGGACGAACCAACACACACACACACACACACAAAGGCGGAUGUCGGUGUGUGUGGUGUGUGCAGCCGGCGGCAUCGGUCUGUUCCUUGCCCACAUCGGGCUGCAAAGCUCCCAAGGUGAGCCGUUGGAUGAGCCACGGGCAUGGGUGGGUGCCUGUGGAUUGUGUGUGUGUGUCUGUCUGUGGUGUGCAGGUAUCGGUCUUGUGACGGGCAACUCGGCCACCCUGGUGACAGCCGGCGGCUGUCCGCCCGAGUACAGAGACGAAGAUCCUGAUUCUGACUGGUGAGAGGAGGGGGGCGGGGGGUGAUUGGGGGCAGCACACACACACAAACACACGCACAGACGCACACACGCUCCUCACACAUACUGCGUCAGGUAUCAGUGCGAGGACGCGGGCAGGGGUCUGUCGCUCACCAUGUGGUUCGGCAUCAUCGCACUCCUCCUCAUGGCCUUUUUGUAAGCCAACCAGAGAACUACCCAGACAGAAGGAGACCGACUCUGCUGUCGAUCUGUGUUCGCCUCUCGCAGGCUCAUGAAGAAGUUCAAGGGUGCCGUCAUCACUGGUGAAUAGUGGAUGCAGCUUGGGUAGUAAAGAGCUCUCCACAUCUAGGUGUGCCUCUCGUGUGUCUCUUUGAGUGUCGUAGGCAUCGCGCUCGUCACCUUUAUCAGCUGGAUCCCCGGCACAGCCGUCUCCUACUUCGAAGAGAGCGUCUCACCAGGCGCAGAGGUACACACACACACACACACACACACACGACACAGCCAUCGGCCCCGUGUGUGUGACCGUGUUGGCAGGAACGUUACGAGUACUUCAGCAAGGGUGUCGACCCCCCCUCCCUCUCCCUAACGGGCCUAGCCCUGGACUUCUCGACAUUCGCCGAUGGCUCCGUGUGGAACGCCCUCAUCACCUUCCUCUACAUAGAUCUGCUCGACACCACCGGCACGCUCUACUCCAUGGCAUCCUUCGCGGGGCUCAUGAAUGAGAAGUGAGAUGUGAUCACACCGACCUCACCCAAUGAGACGGCGAGGCACUGCUGUCUGUUGUCUGUCUCCUGAUUGGCUGGUCGUGCAGCGGAAGCUUUGAGGGCGAGGCCCGCGCGUACAUGGUGGACGGCAUGGCGACGGUGGUGGGCUCCUUGAUGGGGACAUCGCCCGUCACCACAUUCGUCGAGUCGGGAGCCGGGAUUGAGGAGGGCGCCAAGACGGUACACACUUGGGAAAUUCGGCACUCUCUCGGCGUGUGUAUGUGUGUGUUUGGCAUCAUCCGUGUGUGUGUUUAGGGUCUGGCGGCAGUCUUCUGCUCGUUUUAUUUCUUUCUCGCUUUGUUCUUCGCGCCGAUCCUGGCGUCGGUUCCGCCAUGGGCGACCGGGCCGGCACUCAUCCUGGUGGGCAGCAUGAUGAUCAAGAACCUCGUGCACAUCAGAUGGGACAACGUCGGAGAGGUCAGCAACACACACACACACACACGUGUCCAUGGCUCCAUCUGUGUGUGGGGGGGCUGAUGGAUGGAUGGAUGGAUCAGGCCGUUCCUGCCUUCCUGACGGUGGCGUUGAUGCCGCUGACCUACUCCAUCGCCUACGGUCUGCUGGCCGGUCUCGGCGCCUUUGUGAUCCUCAACCUGCCCGACCUCAUCUGGGACCUCAUCCAGGGCCGCGGCUUCCAGAGGCUGGUACGCUCGAGAGACGCACACACAAUGCUCAUUCGCCGACAUGUCUGCCAGUGACCGUGUGUGUGGUCUGUUGGUGGUGUGUGUGUGCAGAGGCGCUCCAAGAAUGUGUCGGCGAAGGAGGCUGACUCCAAGACCUCACGAGAUGACGCAACCGACUUCGACAAAGUCAGUUGGAAAAGAGGAACCAAGGAGGAGAGAGAGACCUGACUGUCGUCGUGUGUGUGUGUGUGUGUGUGCAGGUGGAGGAGCUUCCUUCCACGCAGCCCGUGACGCCCGCCAAGGGUCAGCUGGCGACCGGCCAAGACAACGACUUGCUCAAAGUCUGAUGGCGGACGGACACAUGCGAGGAUGUAAUGUACCGCAUUGCCAUCUGUACUGUCCGCCUGUCCGUCUCUGUCGGUUGUCGGUGCUAUUAUAUUUUUUCUUGCUUGCCUCUCCUUGGCUCGACUUUCCUCUGCUGCCUGCGCCCCUGAGAGAUUGAGAGAUCAGCCAGCAGGCAGGCAGGCUCGUGUUUCUGUCUGUCUGUCUGUCUGUCUGUCUGUCGUGCUUGAUUACCUACUUGCUGCGCUCUCCGAUGGGACUUACGUAUACGUGUUUCCGGUGUGCUGUGCGUCCGUUUCGUUUUGUUAUUACGGCAGUGAUUGAAGGCUUUAUCGCCUACACACCACAUCAAUCAGGCGCUGAGAGGCCUGCAUUCUUGAUGCUUUCAUAGCGUAGCGUGCGCGUUUGUUCGUGUGCGCGCGGGGCGCGGGGUGGGCGACCGGUUUCUUAUGGGAAGGAAGCUAGGAGUGUUUGUUUGAGACGAGGCUUUUUCCUCCAUCUCUCCGUCUGUAGUCUCUCUGUCUGUUCAAGCUAUUGCUAUUGCUAUGGUCCAGAUGUAUGGCAUGGCAAUGUGUCGUCGGUCGGUCGGUCGGUCAGUCGGUCGUUGGUGGUUUGGUGUGGUGGGGCGAACUUUUAUAUGGGGGGUGGUGUGGUCCGGGUAUGCUCAUCUAACUACCUAGUGAGUGUCCGUGACGUGCUCUCUACACUUCCUUGGCUGUUUGUGUCUGACGGCUGCGGCGUGUGCUUCUGCGCGUCCAUGUCGAUCGGUACGCGCGGGCGCAAAGUAAGCAUGCAAGGGAAGAGGAGUGGCCAGGGCGGACCAAAAAUGCCUGGAAGUGGGAGUAUUUCAGUUGACUGACGCUACCAUGUAUGUAUACUGAUGGAUGGAUGGAUGGAUCGAUGAGGUCCGUGGUGCAGGGAG